AUGAUCUUCCGAUUGCCAUUCGAAAUAUUGACAGAGAUUUCAUCUUUUAUGACAAACAGGGACAAGCUUCAAUGCACUAGAGUGUGUAAAGCUUGGACACGGCCAUUUCAAGAUUCUUUAUGGAACAUACUGGACCUCGAUUAUACCAAGCUCGCCAAUAUAUGUAGUACAUGCGAUCUUCAGAAUAAUGUCUACCAAAAAAACGGAUAUCUUGUAGAAAGCUUAGCUGUAAGGGAAUUUCAUAAGCUCAACGACCAGAAGCUUUACACGCUACAGAAAACCUUUGGCGCAUUGAGACACCUAUCGUUUCAACAAUACAGUUUGGGAAAACAGGAUUUCGGAAAGACGGCUGAUUGGAAUCUUUGGAGAUCCCUCACAGAACUCGACCUAUUUAUGCCAGAUGUUAGUCUAGAAAUACGCAGAGAAGAAAUGCUCAAGAUCUUGGGUUGUUUGCCUCGUCUCACACGGCUGAGAAUUGUAGAGACCUAUAUGGAAGAGGUUGGAUCCUACACAUGGCAAAUGUUGGAAUCAAUUCAUGCUAUUUUGCCACGACUCCGCAACCUACACACAAAUAUACCCAUGAACCGAGUGCAGCCUGGUGAUAUCAAAUAUAUAAAGUCUAUCACUCCAGCCAGUUUGAUAACACAAUUGAAACUCAUCGACCACAACAUGGAUAUCGGAUGGCUCUACUACUUUUCACUAAAAUAUCCAAACAUAGAUUCUCUUUAUUCUCAAGUAAAACGGUGCUCUGGCUCAUAUAUAGAGAGAACCACAAAUCCAGAUGAAAUAAGACAAGUUUCUUCCUGGUCCUACAAUUUUUCUCGGCUAAAGACUGUUACAAUGGAGCAAAGGAUCAAAUCUUCAGUAGACUCUGAUAUAUUCUGGAAGAGUCUUUAUCAGAUUGUUGGAUCACUAGACCAUUUUAUUUACACUGUAUGGUUUGAAGAUGAUAUUUCAGAUCUACCUCAGGGAGAAGUCAGCCGUUCAAUUGGAUUUAGCUCCAAUACACUCCGAAGUGCUCACAUUGUUAUCAAGUCAAAAGACGAUCACCAGAUUGGGGCUCAAUUGAAAUUCGGUAUUUGUCCCCGGCUUGUUAAGCUAGAAGUUGGGGCAAGACACGGGGUUAUACAGCUUGAUCUCCUCUUGAGGAACUGUAGUUCCUUAAAGACAUUUGUACUCAGAGGUGGCUCGGUAAAGCUUAAUUCAGAAAGCGAGGUCCAUGCUCACAAGCAGCAGGACUACUGUCUUGAGGAGGUUUCGCUCUGGUCUUCAACAGUUGGUACCAACGUAUUUGAAUAUAUCUCAACACAUUGUAAAAGUCUUUCGAAUUUGUCACUCAGCUAUGUAAAGGUGAAAAGGAUGCCAUCUGAUGACAGUAAUGACAGUGAUGAAAAGGAAGUUGUUCUGGAUAUGCCACAUACAGGAUUCAAUUCACUGGAAUUCAAGUUCACGCAUUUUUCGCUCAAUACUGAUCUUUACAGCACUGUUGAGCGGAUGGCUCUGGUGAAUUCAUCUCGAGACACUGUUUAUCUGAUAGUACUUGAACUACUAGGCUCUAUAUCGAAUUCUGCCGACAUUUCUUCUACCAAUGUCAAUGUACGCAAACCCCAGGAGACUCGGUUUAGCCAACCAGCCAAUGGGCGGAUGUGGAUAUAUUAUCAGCCUCUUGUGAUCGGAGAGGAAGAAAGAAGAUGUUUACGACAACUUGGAGAGGACGAAACAGAAUUUGUUGAAAAUCAUUUUGGAUUAUCAAAAAGCACUGAAGCGGAAGAAAUGAGUGAGGAAAUUGAUAAUGUUCAUUUUGGGUCAGAGAAGAACAAAUUGCCGGACAGCGGUAUCGGACAGCCGUUCCGGACAAAUCAAUGUUCGCCAUUAAGUCGUUCAUUUAUUGAUUUAAAUGUAACUGCUUAUAUUAAUGUCAAGACGUCACGCAUGGAGAGCGUGCCAAUCGGUUAUACACAGGGAAAGCUGACACACGCAAGAAGUUGGCUUAUUCGUCAAGAAGCACCCCUUCCUUCUACAUCUCUUUUGCAAGCCACACUUUAG